UUUUCUUAGCGUCUUCUGGCCUCAUGCACUCCUGGCCCUGGGUAGUGAACGUUGUUCAUCUGGUACUUAUCUACUGGACUGUUGGAUAGCGCCGUUGCCCGUUGGUGUCUUCGAGGUCGAAAAUGGCGGGAACUCUUCAAACCCUAGCCUUCAGACCUCCGGUGGUGGGUAUUACAGUUCCCCGGCUUCGUAAUCCAUUUCUUUCAGUAAUUCACAUCCAUAUGCACGGUUACUCUGUUACUUCUAGCCCCAAUUUGUUACUUCGUCGGAAUUUCCCCUCGACUUCACGGACUAUCAGAGCCAGUGAAAGAUCUGAUCAGGUAAAUGGAAAUGGAAAUCUACAUGCUAGGAUUCCGGAUUCAGUACUUCUGCUAACUUGGGUGAAACCAAUACUGAGUUUUGUUGGAUCAAACUUCCUUCCAUUAGCUCUUGUUAGUGCAGUAUCUGUAGGGCUUGCAAAUCCUAGACUUGGUUGCCUUGCUCACAAAUAUUCUCUGUCAAAAUUCAGCACCUUUGGUAUAUUCUUCAUCUCAGGGUUGAUGUUGCGAAGUGGGGAUGUUGGUGCAGCAGUUCAAGCAUGGCCUGCAGGGAUAUUUGGGCUAGGUUUGAUUCUGUUAUUUACUCCCUUCUUCUCAAGGCUUGUUUUGCAACUUAAGCUGGUUCCUCAAGAAUUUGUCACAGGAUUAGCUAUUUUUAGCUGCAUGCCAACGACAUUGUCAAGUGGUGUUGCAUUGACACAGCUUGUUGGGGGGAACUCUCCUCUUGCUCUUGCAAUGACAGUGGUUUCUAAUCUGUUGGGCAUUUUAAUUGUUCCUUUUUCAAUCUCAAAGUUCAUAGCGGAUGGGGUGGGUGUACGCAUACCAACUGAACAGUUGCUUAGAAGUCUCAUUACUACCCUUCUGAUUCCUCUGAUAUUGGGGAAGGUAUUCCGAGAUUUCUUCAGUGGUGUGGGAGAGUAUGUUGAUCAGAAUCGUAAACAUUUUUCAAUGAUUAGUGCAAUUCUCCUCAGUCUUGUGCCAUGGGUACAGGUGAGCAUAUCAAGUCCACUUCUGCUAAUGGUUAAGCCUGCAGUAUUCCUUGUAGCUAUCGGGAUGGGAAUACUCUUGCAUCUCAUCCUUUUAGCUUUUAACAGCCUUGCAAUACAUGGUAUCUCAGCUAUCUCUGGUGGUGGAAAAUCAGUCUUUUCAAAGAAAGAGAAUGCCCGUGCUCUUGUACUUGUUGCAAGCCAGAAAACCCUCCCUGUAUUGGUAACAGUUGUGGAGCAGCUUGGUGGUGCACUUGGUGAAUCAGGUUUGCUGGUUCUUCCUUGUGUUGCAGCACAUAUCAACCAGAUCAUUAUCGAUUCUUUUUUAGUAAAUUUCUGGCUCCAUAAGGAUCGUUCUUCGAACAUGGACAAGGAAGCAUAAACAUGGAAAAACAGGUGAAACAUUACUUCAGAAUAAUGUACAUUUGCAAUAUUUUUGUUUGAAAAUUGUUCCGAUUCCAAUUGUAGUUCCUGUUCCUAACACACCAAAGCAAUAUUUUUGUUUGCUUUUCAAGAUUGUUUUGUAGUUGUGCACUUAAUUGCUA